AUGAGUCGAGUUGAUCUUAACCAAAGUAUUUGGGGAUGCGCAGCCAAGAAUCAUUUCUUCAUUCACUCUGGAGUUCGAGCAGCUUUUUCACUCACACUUUUCCUCUCUUUCAUUGAUUAUGUGAACCUUCCACUCGAUGCGUCUCCAGAUCUUAAAGGCAUCUUUUUGGGGCAUUUUACAAUGACAUUUUUAGUUUAUUUUGCUUUGAGCAUGGCCUACUUGCUCCUCCUCUUUUGUCCAAAUCAAAUCUGGUACGGAAUUUGUAUGGCUCUUGAGGGAACUCGUCUAACUUUCUUCCUGUACCAUACUACUUAUAAAUUGAUUGGUUUUGGGUUGACACAAGAAGAAGAUAAACACGAACGAGCAUUGAAGAAAUAUUAUACUUGUGAGAAUUUCCUCUACAUUCCAAAACGAUCAUCCGAUCUUUAUGUGGUUCGUGUGACUUCUCCAAGUGCUGAACAAGCAACUGAUAUUGCAAUCGACUCGUAUGGAAACUCCUAUAUCCGUCGUGGAGCUCCGUCUCCGGAUCCUGAAGAAUCUGGAUCUGAUUCAGAUGAAAAUUCUGGGGAGGAACAGAUUGAGAAGGAUCAUUCUGGAAGUCGAAAAUCGAGAAAGUCGCAGAAAUCGAAGAAGUCUCAGAGAUCUCAAAAGUCGACGAAAAUGGAAAAGACUCAAGAAAACACGGAUAAAUCCAGUAAAUCUCAGAAAAGAAAGGAGUCUUCUUCCAAAUCGACUCGCUCAAAAUCCUCGAAAUCGUUGAAAAACUUGGGAGAAAACUCGUUGAACUCGGAUGAAAAAGUUACUCAUAUCGCUUUUUAA